AUGAUAUUGAUUGGUUGGUGGCAUUGUAAACCAAAACAUUUGAAACGUUAUAUUAGAUUAUAUACUGAAGAACUUAAGAUGGAUACAUUAUCACACAUUCCACCAUUUUAUCAUAUAUUUUUUCCUUGCACAAUCUCCAAAGACAUUAAACAUUUGGCAAAUGAGCUAAUUGUUUCUUGGAAAGAACAUGGGAAACCUGAUAAUGUUGGAUUUCAUGUUUUCAGCGAUAAUGGAACUUAUCACUACGCAAUGCUAUGUGAUGCAAUUAGACAAAUCGCAAACAAUAAAGAUUAUGAUGAUGCAUCAAAAUCAUCAACUAAAAUAGAAAAUGAACUUUCUAAUAACCAUAACAAUAAUUCUUCAUCUUUAAAUAUUACAAAUGACGAAGCAGAAAUAUUUAUUAAAUCAAUCAA